AUGUAUUCUUUCGCUGAUAAAAUCCAAGAAUGUGUGCAAGAACACGUUCUAUUCCAAGUGAAAAAAGAUCAAAUAGAACCGCUGGUGGCUCCAAGAUUAUUUAUAAUUUACGAUAACGUGGAGGCAAGUGAACCUGGUGAUGCUUCCGAUUAUUGUGCAGUUCUUGAUGCGCCCUUCUAUAAACUGCGAUAUGUUAAACUCAAGAAACUAGAAAUUUUAGAAAGUAGUCUCUCCAAAGAAACUGCAAAUAAACUUCAACAACGCGUAAGUUCUGAUGACAGCAUUUACACAGAUUCGGCAAAAGAAUCAAACGCCUCUGAUGAUAUUCCAUAUUCUGAUAAAAGAGAAAAGAAUUUACAAAAGAUAAAGAAUAAAGUAUCUGACACUAACAUAGAUAGUAAGCAAAAGCAUGAUGUCGAAUAUUACGAUUCUAAAUCAAGGGUUUCGGUCAAUGAUGUUGAGAUGAUAAAUAAAUUGUACGAUACGGGCCAUUUAUUACCAAAUGGGAAUUCAAAUGGUAUGGAAGUUACUUUUUCGAAACAAAAUGAGUCUGAUGAAUAUGAUAUUAAAGCAAGAAAAUCUAUUUUAAAAAACGCACGACGAUACAGUGGCCCAACUAAAGAAAUUGUUAACAAAAGUUUUAGCAACAACCGUCGUCACACAUCCUUAGAUAAUAUAUUAGUUGCAGAGGAUACUGAGACAUCUGGAUAUCGUUCCAACGCAAGCAGUCGUCAGGCUGAGUCUAGUGAAACUGAAUCUGAUUACGGUUAUGCUACUAUUACUGAAUCUACAACACCUAAAAAAAUUGGACUUAACAAGAGGGCCAAUUAUCCAGUGGCAUCGGGAGUCUUACCUGAUGACAGCUGGAUAGCGGUUAAUGUGAAAUCGAUUGAUUGGAGCGAUGAUGAAGAAGAUGAUACAGCUUCAAAGGAAUCUUUAAGUCGAAAUCUAUUCGAAACACAUAACUACCUUGGCUCUAUUGCUUUUAUGGAUGACUUUGUUAACAAUUUCAUUGUAAAUUUAGGCUCUGGUUUAGGAUUCUCACAAGAUACCAUAAAGAAUUCUAUGACACAAGGCGCUAGUAUUUACUGCAAAGCAAUUCAGAAUGGCUUAACUUCCAGCUAUGAAGUAUUUCCCGCUCUAAUAGCAGCUUGGCCAAAUUCAGCUAAUCGAUGGAUUAUUCGGGAGAGAAAAAUUAUACACAAUCCAAGAACAAAUUUUAGUUAUCAGUGGCCUACAAAAUACAUGGUUAGCAAAACUGUUGGUUUUGGUUGCUUAUUAGUACCUAUUGGAUUUAGGCCUAAGAGAGGGCUAAACCCAGAACAACAAGUACAAUGGAAGGUUAUAUUCCCUGCUGCAGAGCGUUACUUGGAAAGUUGUUUAGCCCAUUCCCAUACACGAUGUUAUCUUUUCACUUUGACAUUGUAUAGGGCUUUUUUAGAAAAUAGUACAUCAAAAAUCGGAAUAAAUGAAAGUCACAUAAAGAACCAUUUAUUUUGGCAAUGCGAAGACAAUUAUGCGAAGUGGCCUGAAGAUAGGCUUGGAGAGUCAUUGCGUUUAUUUUUAAGCAGUUUUUAUGCUCAUUUUGGUCAAUCCCGAUUUCCAAAUUAUUUCAUUGAAAAUUGCAAUGAGUUCAAAUAUAUACCGAAACCGUUGUUACUUAAAUUGCAAAGAAACUUAGCAGAUAUCCUUGAAAGUCCUGUAAUGCAUGUUUUACAUGCGAUACACAAAUUAAAAUACACAAAAAGAGAUUUUUAUCCCAAAUUAAACUGCCUUAAAUUAUAUGAGAUAUUGACGUGCAAAAAUCCUUUACGUAUAAUAAAUCCACAUUUACCCACUGUCGCACCUAAUAACGAUACCACUGAUAGUGAAGACGAGCAAAUAAAAAAUAUCUGGGAUAGAGCAAAAGCUCAUGACAAACAUUAUCAAUGGAAAAAAGAGAGACAAAGACAAAUCAGAGAAAAAAGGCAAUCUAAUAACUUAUAUAAGAAACAAAGGGGAUCAGGAAAACCAGAACGAGAAAUUAAUAAAAAUAUAAUAUUGCCACCCAGAUUACCGUUCGAACGUCGAAGAUUGGUUUUAGAAUUUUUCAUACCUCAUUUUAUUGCAAUGGCACGUUCGAGUGAAAAGUUUGAAGCUCUUAGACAGGCAGUAAUAUACCUGGAACAAGCUCAAAGAUUGUGCUACCUGUUAAUGGAGGAAGCAUCUGGAGAACUUUCUGCAAGAGAGUUUUUAGAUAUUAUUCGUGACAAGUUAUCCGACUGCCAACAAAAAUUAGUGAAACAAGAAGGUUACAAAUUUUCUGUAGUAGAGAAAAAUAACGCGGAACGAAAGGUGGAAUCUGAUAUUAUUCGUAAACGUCGACCCAGAUGCGAACAUAUUUUAAAUUUGGUGUCACCUGUAGAAAUGUCAAAUAAAACUAAAUUUACAUUUGCAGAAGUCCACGAGCAACAUAAAUCUCGACGAGAUAUUAAAACAUAUAUAGAUUAUGAUGGUUCGGAGGAAUCUAAAUUAUAA